AUGACUGAAGAUCUCGUCGAAGCAAGACUGAGACACAACAAUUACUUCGACAGAAUGUGCUUUCCAAGCGCAGAUGGAUUGACCCCCACCUACCGGAAAAACUUGGAAGAGCUAUUUCGCUCCUUGGUCGACUCCAUUCCCAUUAUGGGCUUCUUCUCCAACACCUCCGUCGGAGAAUCCACCAAUACUAUCUACGGCAUUGCGCUAUGUCGAGGCGACCUUCCUGCCGAUAUAUGCCAGAACUGCACGGCCGCCGCCGUAGAGAGGGUCAAGAUCGAAUGCCUAAACAGCAGCUCUGCCAUGAUAUGGUUCGAGGCCUGCAUCGUUCGCUUCUCCAACAAACGAUUCUUCGGGAUCCUUGAACGGUCAAACCCCAUCAUGUGGACGGACCCCAAUUCCGAGCUGUCUACCGAGUCCGACGGCAAGGAGUGGGUAUAUCCAUUGGUGAACGAGGCUGCCGAUAACUGGAAGCGGUUUGCCACCAUGAUAGAGCCGAAGGGCGGCUACACCAGCUACAGCUUGGCGCAGUGCACCAUUGACCUCAGCUCAGAGGAUUGCUCGGCGUGCUUCCAGUAUGCUAUCAAAGAGAUCGGGAAGCAUCACACGCUAGGCCGAGUGUGGCGGUUUGUUUGCCCGAGCUGCGUCAUCCUGCACUACACCUGGCCUUUCUUUUUAACCUCACCUGGAAGUAAAAAUGGUAACCAGAGAAGAACCGUGAUUAUCAUUUUCUCCACAGCAGGGAUACUGCUGCUAGCAAUGGGGACUAUCGUGUCGCAUUUCCAUAAGCGAAAGAGGAAACGACUUAAUGAGGAGCUAAAAAAAUACGACAGUGAGAUGGCGUCACUCAUAGGUAAUCUCACUGAGGAUGAAAGAAACCAUGGGCUGCCUCAGUACAGCCUAAGAGCAAUGCAGGCAGCCACCAAUAAUUUCUCGAACGAGAACAAGCUCGGAAGAGGAGGAUUUGGGCUUGUCUAUAAGGCUUUUAUCCUAUGCUGCAUGAGUACACUUAAACAGCUGCCAGCCUGCCACACCUAUGUUGAUGUUGGUGCUGGUGCUUUCCGAUCACAGCACAUCAAGUGCAGUAAAUGUAACAUAGAUCACAUCGUCUGUUCCUCUCAGGGUGAACUCAAUGGUCGGCUUGUUGCAGUGAAAAGGCUUUCAGAGAGAUCUGGGCAGGGCCUGAAGGAGUUUAUGAAUGAAGUCACAUUGAUCGCAAAGCUUCAACACAAGAACUUGGUUCGUCUAUUGGGUUGCUGCGUAGAGCAGGGAGAAAAGAUGCUUAUCUAUGAAUUCAUGCCGAAUGGCAGCCUUGAUGCUUUUUUUUAUGGUGAUGAACAUUUUUAG